AUGCCGCCACAAAAACCACAAUCUCAACCCCAGCCCAAACAACGCAUCUUGAAUCCCCAAGCCGCCAAAUUACUCGCUCAAGAAAAGAACAAACCCGAGUUCAAACCAAUUGAGCAACAAUAUGCCUCCCUUGAACACCAAAAACCAUUAAAACAGGGCUCUCCACUUGUCUCCAAGUGGCACCUCCCCUCAGCCUUCUCCCGCCUCCGCCAACGCUACGCUACUCUCCCAUCCCCCAUCCGACGCACAUGUCGCAUUCUUCGUGUCCUCGCCCCUAUCAUCCCGAUCAGUCUCUUUUUCUCCGAACAUGUCGCGCAAAUCAUGUGGGUUCGCGGUCCGUCAAUGACCCCCUACCUGAACGAAGACUACGACCAAAUGCAAACAAAAUGCGACAUGGUACUGGUCAACAUGUGGCCCUGGGGCCCCGUCUUCCCCUGGGCUCGGUCAAAACGAAUUGAGCGGGGAAUGAUCGUGACAUUCCGAUCACCAGCCAAUUCCUCUCACAUCGCCAUUAAACGUGUCGUCGGUCUUCCAGGUGACCGUAUUACCACCCGCGAACCCUGCAUGAAACCUACCCAGAUCGUCCCAUUUAACCACGUAUGGCUGGAGGGUGAUGCGGAGGAUCCUCGCAAAACGCUCGACAGCAAUACAUAUGGACCGGUUAGCAUUAGUCUGAUUACAGGACGCGUGCUCGGUAUUCUAGGACCGCGGAUGCGUUGGUUGAAUUGGGAAGAUUGGGAGACUGGAAAGUCAGGCGGGCCGUCAACGGACAAUUCAGAGGAGAAUUACCGACAGAGUGUGCGGGAUCGGGUUGUAAAAGAGGCUGUUAAGUUGGAGCGUCCGGACUUUUAG